AACAUUUUAACAAUGUAAAAAAAAAAAAUGUUCGUUAAAUAAAAAUGCCUGAAAGUGUUAUCCAACAAAAGCAGGUUGGACAAUUCUUAAAGUAAUUUGGUCAAGCAUCUGUAAAUCAGUACCGAAGUUGACCACACAUGACUCUACAAACUAUUCUCAGAAUGUGUAAUUUUGAAAGAUAUUUUGCGUGUCGACCACUGAAACUUUGUCCUUGUUUCAGUUCAGUCUGUCCCUUCGACUGCUUCUAAUAAGUAAAACAAAGACAAAAACGGUGGCUCUAUAGCUGCAUACAAAUGAAACCCAAAAGUGACAUUUAUAAAAGCAGAAAGAGGAACAAACAUAUGAAGACAGUUCGCAUGUCACGAGAGAAGAUAUAUAUUUAUAGAACUUAAUAAACUGUGUUUUUGCCGAAUAAUAAAAUGGCCUGAAAACUGAUUUUUGAGACAGAAUGAUCGUAAAAGAUAUACUGUUGAUAUAAAGACAAGAAACUAUCCGGUACAAGCUUGGUCACAUUUACUUGCUAUGCAAAUAACACUGUCCCCCUUUGUUCCAUCAUCACUAAACCCCGCAAGACAAAGAGCUUUUAAAUCAAAAUCAGCAGGUAUAACGUGCAUGUCAAAAAGCUUUGGCGUGUUUGUCAGCAUCUGGCACAUUUUCUCACUUGUUUUACAAGUCAUUGAGUUCUAUUUUCUGCCAGGUUGUUGUCAGAAGGGCGCAGAUAAAGAUCUCGCCCAGGGACGAACAGGAAACAACAUCUGCACUUCAGUUUCUCACUGUUUCUAGUCACAUUAAGGCUGUGCUGGUUCGGAGGCAGUUCAUCCUCUCUGCUCGCUUCAGAGCAUCACAAUCGCAGUCAUCUAGAGGCAGGCGCACCUCAUAAGCGAAUUUGGAUUUUAUCUGAUUGAAGAAGGUUAUCACAGAGACAUCACCAUGUCAAAUGUCACUGAAGAGCACCUCACAUUCACGACGCCUGAUUAUUCAGGCUAUAACGACGACGAUAACCCCGAAAACUUUAAUCCAUGUGAGCUGGGUGAUAUGGAGACAUUUAGUAAGGGGUUUCUGGUGACCAUCUACACUUUGGUAUUCAUCCUGGGCUUCUUAGGAAAUGGCCUGGUCGUCUGUGUCCUAGUGAAACACCGCAACCAGACCAACAUGACUGACAUGUGUCUCUUCAACUUGGCCUUCUCUGAUCUCAUCUUCCUCCUCACGCUCCCAUUCUACAGUCACUACGCUAUGGUUGGCAAUUGGACCUUCGGUGACUUUAUGUGUCGUUUCCUGUCCUGCUCCCACAACACUGGCUUCUUCAGCAGCAUCUUCUUCAUGGUUGUCAUGACGCUGGACCGCUACGUGGUUAUCAUGUACGCUCACAAGGUGGCACGGUAUCGCACAACGAAGGCGUGCUUUUCUCUGAUUGCGUUGAUUUGGAUCGUGAGCGUGUGCGUGUCUCUGCCAACCUUCAUCUUUACAAAGUUAGGAAAUGACAGCGAAACUCAAAGCUGUUCUUACAGUCCGGACAGUCAAGGCUGGGUCUACUACGAUCUGUUUGCUACAAAUAUUCUGGGUCUCUUGAUUCCCAUUCUGGUGAUGGUGGCUUGCUACUCGAGGAUAAUCCCCACCCUGGUGAAAAUGAGGACGGCCAAAAGGCAUAGAAUUGUCAAGCUCAUCAUCUCCAUAAUGAUAGUCUUCUUCCUGUUCUGGGCGCCGUAUCACAUUUCCCGCUUCUUGAAGUUCCUGUUUUCCGAAGACCUACUAGCCGGCGGCUGCAGCAUGGAGACGCGCAUCAAGGUGUCGAUCGCAGUGUCCGAGGCAAUCGCGUUCACACACUGCUGCCUGAACCCCAUCAUAUACGCCUUCGUGGGGCAAAAGUUCAUGAGACGAGCCAUGCAGUUGCUGAAGAAAUGGGUACCUGGCCAAGUGAGUUACACGGAGAGCUCAUUCAGGAGAAGUUCAGUUGUGUCCAAAUCCUCUAUCACCUCCACUGUCAUCAUGUAGGAGGUACAAGUGGACAUUUGGUUAUUGGUAGAGACUAAUCAGGCACUCCAUGCCACUUGGUGUCCUUGUUGUGGUUUCAUCUUUGAGACGACAACAUUCAUCAGUAUCUAAUCUUCAAUACAAUCUCUGUACAUCCUUUGAACCCUUUGUAUUUUGUUUCAACCAAGACACUUCCUCCUCCUUAUGACGUUGGAUGCAGAAAGGGUAUCAGACAAAGUUUACAGUUUGUAACGGCUUGCAACCACAAAGAUCUUCACAGACACUUCAGAUAACACCGUUUUGUUAUUUCUUCCUCACACCUUUGUGAGCUGAUGCUAAAUAAUAAUAAUUAAAAAAAAACGUCUUCCAGCAGAGAGCUUUUGCAUCCUGCUCUGCAUGGUGUUUUGCAUUCAUUGAAUAAUUUUUGCUUACUGUGCAGUUGAACAAUCUGUAGGACAUUUUUCAAAAGUUAUCAAAAAGAGUUGUAUUGUUUUCCUGUCUGCUGUAAUAUGUUAUGCUUUUUUAUAAUAAAAUUACUUUCCAGAGUUUUCAAA